CUCUCUCUAUCGCUUUCUCGAUAUACCACUCAUUUGAAGCGUGAUCGGCCGGAUGUCUUGAUGUCAGUGUGAGAAAAAGAAAAAAACCUGGCAUGGCAAUCCUUCAUGAUCCCCCGAUAAUACACCCUCACUGCCAUACCAAGAGCAAGCAUGCCCGAAAGCCGUCUUCUAUUAAAGAUGUUUCCACUACCCAGUGCCGUUUCCUUCCAAGAUCGGUCUCUCUGCCUUCACUGUCAUCAGUUAUCAAGACCUCCCUGGCUUGGGCCGGUGACGCCUGGUAUAGUGUGAACCAGGAUGGCUCUCCAAAGGCGGAAAAGGGAGGACAUACUGCUGUCGAAGACCGAAAGCAGGUGCUAUAUCUCAAGAUGCGCAAUGCAGUAUCAUACAAAGAAUGGAGGGACUGCGCCUACGAGUUGGAUGUGUUGGAAGACAACAAUUCUUGGAAAGAGACCUUCGAGAGUUCGGAAUACGAUCCGCAUCUAGUACAGGAACGCCUGAAGCAAUUGGAAGAAGCUCGCGUGAGCUGUGAUGUUGGCCGGAUGAUAUUCCUCAUCCGCACUUCCCUGAGCCGCGAUUUGGGGAACAUGCGUAACGGUUCUCUCUACAGACAUUCGCAUGUCGGGACGAAGAACCUGAUCGAUCAAUACAUCACUACGGCGCUUGACACAAUAUCAUCGCUGGCAGAGCUGUCAGUGAAAGGUCGGUGUGACGGGCUGGAAUUGAAGUAUAUUCUCGACCAGCUCCUAGCAGCAAGGCAGGCUUUUGGUCGGAGCGCUCUGCUGUUCUCUGGUGGAGCGACUUUUGGUAUGAACCACAUUGGCGUGCUUAAAGCACUUUGGCAGGCAAAGCUCCUCCCGCGCAUUAUCUCAGGUGCCUCGGCAGGAAGUAUUGUCUGCGCUGUCUUCUGUACCCGAACAGACGAUGAGUUGCCAUUGCUUUUGGAUACGUUUGCCUACGGAGAUUUUGCCGUUUUCAAUGAACCUGGCCAAGAGGAGAAUAUUCUACAGAAGAUGGCCAGAUUUCUAAAGUACGGCUCAUUUAUGGACAUCUCGAACCUGGCCAAGGUCAUGAGAAAUUGGCUUGGGGACAUCACGUUCCAGGAAGCCUACAAUAGGACACGCAGGAUACUUAACAUCUGUGUUUCUAGCGCCGGGAUCUACGAACUCCCAAGGCUGUUGAACUACAUCACGGCGCCUAAUGUGAUGAUUUGGUCUGCAGUAGCUGUCUCGUGCUCGGUUCCACUAGUAUUCUCGCCUUUUGUCCUCAUGGCGAAAGAUCCAGUGACGGGAGACGCAGUUCCUUGGAGCGAUUUGCAUCGACAGUACAUUGAUGGCUCAGUAGAUGGCGAUUUGCCCAUGAAUCGUCUGUCGGAGAUGUUCAAUGUCAAUCACUUCAUUGUGUCGCAGGUUAAUCCUCAUGUGAUUCCGUUUCUUCCAAAACAGGACGGCCCGACCCCUGGCACAGCGCAGACCUCGUCAUUGACGUCUCGUUUGUUCCACACCAUGACACACCUUGCGAAGGAUGAGGUUUUACAUCGGAUGACAGUUUUAUCUGAACUCGGAAUAUUUCCAACUUCUUUGAACAAAACUGUCUCAAUCGUGAACCAGAAAUACUCCGGGGAUAUAAACAUCUACCCCGAAAUACUCUACACCCAUUUCCCUGUCAUUUUAAAGAAUCCGACCACAGAUUUCAUGCUCAAAGCAUGUCUUUCAGGGGAACGCGCUACGUGGCCCAAACUUAGGCGGAUUCGAAACCACUGUGCUAUUGAGUUAGCCUUGGAUGCAGCUAUCCAAAAAAUGCGGGCGAGAGUGGCUUUCAGUUCUAGCCAGAUAGUCCUGAAAACGAGCGGCCUGCCCGGCCCCGCGGAGGCCAUAGACAGCAGUCGGGGCCGAGGGCGCUUGCUUAACCGAAGGAGCUCCUAUAGUCAUGAAGUCGAAAAGGCACAGCGUAUCAGGGCCAAUUCGGGUCGUCGAUCAAGACCUCUUUUAAGAAGAUCUUGCAGCGUACAGUCACCCGAACAGUCGUCGGACACCGACCGGCAAGAUGAAGCAGAUGGUUAUCAAGUUGGAACUCAGGAGUGUUAUUCCUCUGAUCUUGGUGAUGACCUAUCUUCCACGGAGUCCAGCGCUGACGAAGAGACGCGAACCUUGGCUUUGGAAAGGCCUGGACUCGUAAGUCGUCGAACUGAUUACCAUCAGCAAUCUCAUUGGUCUGCUCCACACGGCGCUCUUCCAUCGCCGCGGUCACUGCCAACUGCGUCUACUCACUCUAGGCGAUCAUCUGUCGGUACCUCCCAUCAGUUGUCAGUCCAUGUCACGGAUUCAUUUUCCCCUUUGGGACGCCAAAGGUCAUCCAAGUCGAUACCAUAUGCUGAAAGCCACACACUCCGCAUGACACCUACAAGCCAUCCCGAACAUUCAGACCAGUCGUAUCCCAUCUAUAACUGAAUAAAUUCAGAAGCAUGAGGCGGCUUUAUUAUAUAACCCGAGCAGACGGCCGGAUACCAAGAUCCAAAUAAACUUCUUCUAUAGUCCGCUAGCUUCCCCUCGACCAGACGGCUCGACCCCCUUAUUUGCUUGUCAGUAUCGAUCAAGGUGCCUUGCAUUUUCAAGCACACUACAGAAGGUUGCUAUUUUGGGUCUCAGCGUCUAAACCGCUACCCCUAAUACUUUAUGUGUGUGGGGUGUUAAAAGGGUUGGGUCGACCUCUGUGACGCAUCCCAGAAGACCGUCUCCUGGGAUGUAGAGCCUAGGCCUUUUUUUUUUUUUUUUUU